AGUGUGCAUCUGUAAGUUGUCGCCAUCAUAUGUGGCUACAUGUUAACCUAGCUCCCAAGUCAGUCAGCCGUUGUGUCCGCGGAUAUAAAGUGAUUGGCAUCAUUAAGCUCUCUUUGUGUCUCCAGUCGAGUUUCUGUGAGCUGGAGUUAUGUUAUUCAUCAGUAAACGUGUUUAGGAUGUUGCUGUUUUGUGGAGUUUACUCACAUUAACGGAGCUGGAGUCUUGAGAAGCAGCAAGGGGCGGUGGGCUGCUAAAACUGUCGCUACCUAACAGCGAACCAGCUAGUUGGUUAGCUGGCCAGCAGGUAAACCUCAGGAGACAUUUAAAGUGAAUAAAACCACGGUUCAUUGUGAGUCGUCAUCGUUAGUUAAAUGGUCGCCGGUGGUUUCCGCCGUUGUCCCGUGUUGUGAAGUUAGUAACGUACCGUAGCCAAGGAGCUACAGAGCUAGCUGCGACUCCGCUGAGAAACCGAGAAGAUUUACAGCCAGCGGAGAUAAAUAACCAGCUGAGAUCGGGCUGCCACGGUGGAAGUCUGUUAAACUGGAGCUGGCAUCGUCACAUUUCCUGUCUUUAACACCAGGCUGCUGGGCCUGACAACUGAGAGGAUGUCUGAGGGAGAGAACAAACAGGCCCCGGACAUCGUCCAGGAGGGGAAGCCUGAGUCGAUGGCACCUGUACCCACGGGUCAAGGAGUGUCAUCGGUGUCUCCCCCUGUGUCCAUGGUGACCCAGUCUCCAGCCACUGCUGCCACAGAGGAUGAGGAAGAGGAGAGCGAGGAUGAGUCAGAGAUUUUGGAGGAAAGCCCGUGUGGACGUUGGCAGAAGCGCAGAGAAGAGGUGAAUCAGCGCAAUGUCCCUGGGAUCGAUAAUGCUUACUUGGCCAUGGACACUGAGGAAGGAGUUGAGGUGGUGUGGAAUGAGGUCAUGUUCUCAGAAAGGAAGAAUUUCAAACUACAAGAGGAAAAAGUCAAAGCAGUGUUUGAUAAUUUGAUCCAGCUGGAGCACUUGAACAUUGUGAAGUUCCACAAAUAUUGGACGGAUGUUAAAGAGAACAGAGUGAGGGUCAUUUUCAUCACUGAAUACAUGUCUUCAGGAAGUCUCAAGCAGUUCUUGAAAAAGACAAAGAAAAACCACAAGACCAUGAAUGAGAAGGCCUGGAAGCGCUGGUGCACACAAAUUCUGUCUGCUCUGAGUUACCUGCACUCCUGUGAACCUCCCAUCAUCCAUGGCAACCUGACCUGUGACACCAUCUUCAUUCAGCACAAUGGCCUCAUCAAGAUCGGCUCAGUUGCCCCAGAUACCAUUAACAACCAUGUGAAAACCUGUCGGGAAGAGCAGAAAAGCCUUCACUUUUUUGCUCCAGAAUAUGGAGCUGUUGCCAAUGUUACCACAGCCGUGGAUAUCUAUUCCUUUGGAAUGUGCGCCUUAGAGAUGGCUGUGUUGGAAAUCCAGAGUAAUGGAGAUUCGUCUUAUGUGUCCCAAGAAGCCAUAAACAGUGCCAUUCAGUCCCUAGAGGACCCGUUGCAACGGGAAUUUAUCCAAAAGUGUCUGGAGGUAGAUCCCAGUAAGCGACCCACAGCUAAGGAGCUGUUGUUUCACCAGGCCUUGUUUGAGGUGCCCUUACUUAAGCUGCUGGCUGCGCACUGCAUCGUCAGCCACCAGCAUAUGAUUCCAGAAAAUGCUUUAGAGGAAAUGACAAAGAACAUGGAUCCUAACUUGGUGAUUGUUGAGGCCAAGGAUGGAGUUCAGAUGAAACUCUCUCAGUUCCCUGCCCUUGAACUGGACAAGUUUCUGGAAGAUGUAAGGAAUGGGAUCUAUCCCCUGACUGCAUUCGGGAUUCCAUGUCCACAACAGCCUCAGCAGGAGGCGGUGAAGUCACCCAUAGUGCCCCCCUCAGUCAAAACCCCCACUCCUGAACCUGCAGAGCUCGAGACCAGGAAGGUCCUUCAGAUGCAGUGUAAUAUUGAGCCGGUUGAUGAGGGCGCCAAGCAUCAUCUGACCUUGCUGUUGAAACUUGAGGAUAAAUUGAACAGGCACUUGAGCUGUGAUUUGUUACCAAAUGAGAACGUACAGGAGCUGGCUGUGGAGCUUGUUCAGCUGGGAUUUAUCAGUGAGGGGGAUCAGCCACGACUUGCAUCUGUUCUUGAAGAGGCCUUCUCCAAGUUCUACAGCCGGAAUGGUUCUCUCAAUCCGGUGACCGUUUCCUCGUAGCAGAGGACUUGUCAGGCCUUCUUUCAGCCCUCCUCGUCCUCUACAACAGGACUAGCUUUUUGCUUCACCUCUGAGUUGCAGGAAAGCUUUGCGAGGACAGGGGAGGAAGCCUUGGUCUGAUUGCAGAUCCUGCAGCCUGUCCUUGUAUCUUCUGGUGGGAAAAGCUGCCACUAAGUGGUUGUUGGCUUUCUAUCUUUUUUUUUUUUUUUUUUCCCUCCCACCCAAUACAGCCAUCUGCUUCUCUUUCAAAAGAGGAAAUCCUAGUUGCAACUUAAAGGAAAAUACAAAUGUUUCCACUUUUUGGCUUAUUUCUUCCAGUUGUAAGUGGAGGUAAGCGAAAUAAAACUGGAUAACAGCAGUAUUUCCCUUAAGUCAGUAUUAAAAGUGUAUUUUAAACAUUUUUACGUAAAAUUGUUUGAUAGUUGUCUGUAUGAAAAAAAAUCUUUGUCCCGGCAUACUGAAGUGUAUGUAUUAUGGUGUUGUAAGGUUAAGUCUGGUUGUCUGGUCCUUUUAAACUUUCUCUUGAGCAGUGAGUGAGGCAUCUUCCUACCUUGUAUCAGUUUUUGAAGACUCUCAAAUGCAUUGAGCUCGUAAUACAACAGAUGCAACGUCACUUCAAAAUUCUGUAAUUAUAUCAACAUAGUCAUGAAACACGCAGCUGCAACACAAUCUGAAGAGCUACCGAUAAAAUAUUAAAAAUCUAACUAUUUA